UUGGCAGAAGGACCUGCGGCGGGUCCGCUUCGGCCGCCGCUCUGGCCUGGUCUCCUCCAGCGGCUGACUGAGCGCUCAGUGCGGCACCAUGGGGAAGCGGGACAAUAGGGUGGCCUAUAUGAACCCAAUAGCAAUGGCCAGAUCAAGGGGUCCAAUCCAGUCUUCAGGUCCAACGAUCCAAGAUUAUCUGAAUCGACCAAGGCCUACCUGGGAAGAAGUGAAAGAACAACUAGAAAAGAAAAAGAAAGGCUCCAAGGCAUUGGCUGAAUUUGAAGAAAAGAUGAAUGAGAACUGGAAGAAAGAACUAGAAAAACACAGGGAGAAAUUAUUAAGUGGAAGUGAGAGCUCAUCCAGAAAAAGACAGAGAAAGAAAAAAGAAAAGAAGAAAUCUGGUAGGUAUUCAUCUUCUUCUUCAUCAAGCUCUGAUUCUUCCAGCAGUUCUUCAGAUUCUGAAGAUGAGGAUAAGAGACAAGGAAAAAGGAAAAAGAAAAAGAAGAGCCGUUCCCAUAAAUCUUCUGAAAGUUCCAUGUCAGAAACUGAAUCAGACAGUAAGGAUAGUUCAAAAAAGAAGAAGAAGUCAAAGGAUGCAACUGAGAAAGAAAAGGACAUUAAAGGACUCAGCAAAAAAAGAAAGAUGUAUCCUGAAGAUAAACCUUUAUCAUCUGAGUCCCUGUCAGAAUCAGAUCAUACUGAGGAGGUACGAGCAAAAAAGAAGAAAAGCAGUGAAGAACGAGAAAAAACAACAGAAAAAACAAAAAAGAAAAAGAAGCAUAAGAAACACAGUAAGAAGAAGAAAAAGAAGGCUGCUAGUUCAAGUCCUGACUCACCAUAACAUUAAGAAGAAUCAGGAUUCACUUAUAAAGAAAGUGCAAUGUCUAAGGAAAUUUCAACUGUGAAAAUUAUGACAUAUUUACUAAAAUGCAUGAAUUUUCUUGUUUUUAGAAUUAUUCCUGGACUGUCAGUAGCCACUCAGAUGCCGCUGUGUGAAAGGGCCAUAAUUGUUGCCUGCUGCUUGAACAUCUGUUUUUUCCUCUUCCAGUGCUUAAUAACUGGGAGAUAACACACCGCAGUCAUACUAGUGGUUAAGAUAUUUGGGAAUAAAGUUAAUAUUUUUAACUAGAAGUAUCUAAUGAUAAAUCAACAGAAACAAUCUGGAUACAUCAUUAAGAUGUAAUCAGAGAUGACCAGAUGACUCUAGUUAACAUUUUUGAAGUAGGGAUUACGUUGAUGUUUCAAAAUCCUUACUCUGUAGAUAAGCAUAUUUUAAUUUUUUCCCCUUGUAUACUUUUGUUUACCUGGGGAAGGAGCUUUUAGGGGUGGGGGUGGGGUUUGAUAUCACUUCAGCUAGCAGAAUAGCGUGCCUUUAUCCUCACACAUCUUAUUUUUGUGGACACAGUAGCCAUGCUUCAUGGGGAGGUCAGGGCCGGGUAUGGCAGUCUUGCCCUUUACUGAGCUUAGUGACAUCGUUGGACUCUGUCGUAUGCUACUUUGAGUGAACCAGAGAAAUAGCCUUUUGCAGCAUGAGGAUGCCCCAAAAGCUCUGGGAUUUACCUCCACUUCAAUAAUACUGAAUGUUUUUUAGCAUUAGAAUGUGUUAUAACAUUUGAACUAAUUUUGACUACACUUUGGCUUUGAAAAGGAAUCAUUUCAAAUGACACUGGUACUUUUUGAACUUGAUAGCUAAAGAUUCUAAAAUGCAUGUUUUAUACUGUUAGGUUUUAACCAGUCAGGAAAAUUUUAUGUAAUCAGUGAUAGUUCCUUUAUUUUUUGUAUGAGUUUUGUUUAGGCUGUAAUGUUUAGCUUUUUAUUAACUCCUUAUUCUUGCUAUUCUAAAUUCCUUACUGUGUUUAACAGCAUACUUGCCAAGAUAUUUAGCAUGUAAAAAGCAGGUUUUUGAUGUGUUUUUUGUUGUUGUUGUUUGUUUGUUUUUUUAACAGCUUCAUAUUGAAGCUGAGACUUAACCAUAAAUAAGUUGAGUGACAGGCCUGGUAUGCUGUGUCUUGUUACACAAAACUAUUGCCAGAAUCUUAGUAAAUAUAACGUUUUAAAGGUUUGUCUUUGUAUAUUCACAAUGGAUUAUGACAAGUUAAAUUUAAGUGAGAAUUACAUAUUUGCUUUUCCUGUGUCAUAUUUUACUAAGAUUUUGUGCCUCCUGUCUCCUGCUGAAUUGUUUACUAGUAAUGUUAAAAAGAAUUGAUAAAUCAUUUUCACUUUACAUUUUUAUAUAACCAGGUAACAUGAAAUAUAAUUUGAUGUACAAUUUUGCCUGUUACAGAGGGUGUGCUAAUUAUAGUGGUAUAUGCACAAAACAUUUUGGCAUGACAAGCUGAAUAAAUAGCUAUUUUACUUAAAAAUAGCUGUGUUCUUAUCAGCUCCCUUUGAGUCUCAAGUUAUAAAGAUUAAGGAACACUGCUAGGUGUUAAGUGCUAGGUGGAUGUCAUGUCCCCAAGUUUUUAGCCAUAAAAUAUAAUACAUUUCUUGGUAAAUUUUAUGCUUAAAGCUUCAUAAUCUUUCCUAAUAAAAGAAAUCUAUAAGCUCUUGAGUACACAGCAAGUUUGGGAGACAUUUUUUUAUCCAAGAAGAAGUUCCUCAGAAUUGUUCGUGAAAAUGCUAAAAGAUAAGGUUAUCGGGUUAUCUGUUAAUCAGUUUUGCCAUGACAUAAAAGUGUACCUUUGCAGACUGGUCCAGUAUAUGAUGAUUAUGUCCCACUAGAAGCAGCAGUUCAUUUUAUUAAACUGGAAAAGAAGGUGAUUUGGCAAAAAUCGUAUUCUUUCCAGGUUGUGUUGACUCCCUGGGAAACACCUUUUUCAUUAUUCUUCUUGUGGUAGCCUUAACAGUUUUCUAAUAAGGUAUAAAAAGAAAAUUUGACCAGGUGAUAUUAUGUGCAAGUUAAUAACAUCUCUUUCUCCACCAAACCACCCUUUUACUUGAAUAAUUAUAUACUAAUUUUAUAAACACAAAGCAUGUUAUUUGGAUAAUGAUGCCAGGGUAACUGCAACAAAAUUGAUGAAUGUCUGAGUAGAAAAAUUGAAUUUAUACCUGGUGCUACCUUUUUCUGGUGGUUUUGGAUUCCGUGGGUUGCCCUUAGUAUGUUUAGGUGUUUUAAAUGCUCUAAGAGUGUCUUGAAUUUAUUUUAUCCAGAGUAUAGAUUCGUAUUCCUCCAGUCAAGAUGUGUUAAAAGCCUAUUGCCUAAUUUUCUUUAAUUUUACAGAGAACAAUAGACU